AUGGCCCAUACUCCUACUUCGCCGACCAUGAACCUGUUUCGAAAAGAGAGGCCUGAACGAGGGUUCACAGCUCGGUCGGGUGACUGGGUGCAACGGUGGCUGGCAACUGUGAUUGGCCGGUCCCCCUAUCUACGAGUCCUUCAGGACGUGUCGGCUUGCGCGAGUCGAAUCGCCAGCCUCAUCGCCGUGGCGCACGCUAAAUCCGCCGGGGCCCCUGCUCUGCGGGAGCUAAACAGGUCUCUACUCUCCUUCUGGGUCGAUAAUUACCAAGACAAGCACAAGCACCAAAAAUCAAAGACGGCCAGCAAGAUGAGUCGCGCUCUUGAUGUCCGCACACAGAACAUGAGGUCUACACUCAGCGCCCUGACUGAGGAGAACUUGCGCUCGAACAGCCGCCGUCCUACAGAGCAGCAAAGCAUACAUCAUGGGCAGCAAAGCCCGACAAAGCAAACCAACCAGCUCGAACAGGCGCAGGAGGAGGAUGACGAUGACGAAGAGGACGAGCAAAAGGUUGAAAGGAGGAGAAAAGCGUCCUUGCAGGCAUUGGAGAUCUAUGGUGGAUGCUUCGCCUCAGGCUUCCUCGCAAUGCAACAACCACUACCAUGGGCCACAACACCUACGAGCGAAUCAAGAAGCAGCCGGACCAACUCAAACGCAUCCAGCAAUGACUUUGACCAUCGAAGAUCAGUAUCUGAGGCGCAGAGUAUCUUUGAGGUGCAAGAAAUUCAAUCAGGAAGGAGACGAAGCUUGCGAGACUUUGGAAAAAGAGGACUGAGACUGAUGCAGUCGUCGAGGAGUUUGAAGAGAGAUUGA